AUGGGGAACGAAAUCAGACCAGAAUCUGUGGAAGAAGAUAAUAGCAGAGGAGACGAAGCAACUGAAACCCAAGAAGAAGAAGAAGAAGAAGAAGAAGAAGAAGAAGAAGAAGAAGAAGACGAUGAUGGUGAUGAAGAAGAAGAAGAAGAAUCAACCGUCGGAGAGGAAUAUUAUAGCAGAGGAGACGAAGAAGAAGAAGAAGAAGAAGAGGAAGCGUUACAAGCCCGAGAAUGUAGCUCAGCAGAUGAUUCAACAGACGGAGAGAGUUUUUCGCCGGAAAGCAUCGUUUUAGCGGUGUCGCUUUCACUGAACAAACGAAUUAGGGAUGAUAACUCGAUCGACCGGCUGAGUAGGCUUCCUGAUGACCUCCUAAUCCGCAUUCUCUCUCAUCUCGGCAUGAAGGGAGCCGCCACCACCAGCGUCCUCUCCAAAAGGUGGCAAUACCUCUGGCACAAUAUGCCCAACCUUAGGUUCGAGGAGAGCAGCACGAGGCUCAGGGAGAUACGCAAGCUCGUGGUACGUAUCCACAGGACACUCGUUCUCCGCUCGGGGAACCACCUCGAUGAACUGUGGAUAGACUUCUCCUACGACGAGAGUUUUGCCUAUGACGUCAAUACAUGGGUUGAAUUUGCCGUCAGGAACAAGGUGAAGCAUCUCACCCUGAAGCUUGACUCUUUUAGAGAUUUCUAUGUACUUCCCCUGGUGGUUUGCUCCUGUUCGUCCCUUGUUCGGCUGUCGAUGAAAGGCUGCAUUGUGGCUCCCAAGAGCAGGGUCAACUGGCAAGGUUUAACCGAUCUGCUCAUAGAGGAUGUGUCUCUCGACGAGGAUGACAUUCAAAAGAUAUUAACUGCUUGUCCUGUUUUGAGUAGAUUGGGUCUAAGAGGGUGUUGGGGAUACUCGACCUUGGAUAUUGGCUCUCAGAAUCUUGUCGAGCUUUCAGUAGCCGAGUCUGAAGAGGUGAGACUGCUGGAAAUUUCGGCACCGUAUGUACGCUCGUUGGAUAUUUCAAUUUAUACUGUAGGUAUGAAGUUGCGGCUGAGGAACAUGACAUCCCUUGUUACGGCUUUUAUCAAUUUCGCCGGGGAUGUUCACGACUCUCUCCCGGACAGUGAGCUCGUGAUGAAGCUUUUUGAGGACAUACGAUAUGUCAAGAAGCUCGAGCUAGGAUGUUUAUGCAUCAAGUGA